AUGCAACUCGACAGUGGCAGUGACAGCAGACGGCCCUCGAGCCAGCGGCUGCCCGUCAACCCUCGCCGUCACAAAGUGGCCCCCGAGCACCGCAAACGAGUUGCCACUGCAUGCAACAGCUGCAAUGUUCGAAGGGUCAAGUGUUCUGGCGGAACCCCCUGUUCGCAGUGCUCCGCCUCCAACCGCGAGUGCGUUUACCCCGUUCCCGUCGAAAAAGUCAACGUCCCGCGCGCCGAGCUGGAAGAGUUGCGGAAAAAGGUUGAGCUCUAUGAGCGGGCGCUUCAGGAGGCCAUUCCCGACCCCUCUAGACGACAGGAGCUCAUCAGUCUCGCCUCUGCCACGCCAGAGGGCCUGUCGCCAUCUCCCAGCGCCAGUGCCUUUAGCCCCAGCCAGUCCUUUCCAUCUGAGGGCAGCAGCCAUCUCCAGGGUGUCCCUUCCGUCAAGCCUGAGCCUGAAGACGAACAGACACCCGGUCAUCUUGUCCAGGAUCCCAACGACACAGUGGGCUACCUUGGAGAGACCAGCGGCGCUACAUUUCUCGAUCACUUAAAGGAGCUCCUUGGGGCUGUGCUGCCUCUCACACAGGUGGAACCGCAGCUGUCUCAGGGGCAGGACGGAAGUACCCUCUUGUCCAGUCUGGGGAGAUACUACACCGCAGACUCUCGCCCGCUGGUCGAUCGAGACUCAAAGCCAAUAUCGUUGCCCUCCAGCGAGGACCUUGCCGCUCUAUUGUCCAAGCUCAGAUAUCUGAUCCAGGACGGAAAUGGCGAAUGGCCCAGCGGCGGCAUCUACUGGUUUGGAGAGCUCGACAUCCUUCCCACUCAGGCCGCCUCUCCGUCAUCCGCUCCAGAGGCGGACAUGAAUGAAUUCCGUCACUUGGCAUUCUACCACGCCGCUCUGGCUAACAUUAUCCGGGCCGGCACCUCAUCAAAAGAGGCGCUCACCGCCAUGCACAUUUGUAUCAUGCUAGGCAUCCAUCGAGGGGUCGCUGAUGAAAGGGGGAAGCGAGUGUUUUGGACCGUAUAUAUUCUGGACCGGUGGUUGAGCUGUCUGAUGGGACGGCCACACAUAAUCAUGGACGGUGCCAUCCGGAUCCAGUUGCCUGCCGAUGCUCCGUCGAUGCCGCCCGCUGCGGGACUCAGGGCUCACGUCGAGCUUUCGCGAAUUUCCGGUUAUGUCGUUUGUAACACGUAUCGCAUCGCUCCGUGGGAAGCAGUCAGAGGAGGAAUGCCCACACAGCCUGACAAGGCCAUUUGGAUGUUACAACAGUGGCAGUUGACUCUUCCACCUCGUCUGCAACUCUCUCCUGACGGGCUGAGCAAUGAUCCUGCCUGCUGCCUCCUCCACAUGAGGUACAACAUGCUUCUCAUUCUGGCCAUCCGGCCGCUAUUCCUCGGUGCUGUCAAGAGGUCGAUAGCCAAGCGUCUCAUGGUGCAGACAACCGAGACUAACAUGAUGUACUCGGAGCAUCUGACGCUGUGCAUCACGGCUGCGCGCCGCAACAUUCGUCUUGGACGACAACUGGCAGCGCUCAACCUCAGCCGAAAGUCGCCGCUGCACGCUGAACAGCAUUAUUCGUUCAAUGCCACCGUGUGCCUCAUUCUGGAGGACCUGAUAUCCGAUGAAGAAGUGUCGGAGGAGGAAAGAGAGGCAAGAAGCAACGACAUUAUGUUUGGGAUCCAGCUGGAAGAAGACGGCAUCACCAACUUUGGCCAGGCUUCGUCAAACUCUCUGCGGCAUCUCUGGGCCCUAGCACGGAGGUUGAUGGACUCGAUGGUGCAGACUCAGGAGUUGAACAAUGCCGGGCUAGCUGGGCAGAGAUUUGCCCCGCCGAUGAUGACGACGCCUACGGACUACUCCAUGCCGGUCCUGCAAACCGGCGAAGACCAUGCCCUUUACGACGAGCUGGUGGCCUGGGUGGACGAUGAGUGGCCGCCCAUGUACAAUACAGGCCUGUUUAGUGGAUUCAUGCAGUGA